UUCCCAUUUUUAAGAAAAACCUCCGCACAUCGCAUCAUUUAACUAUUUAAGUGCACUGAUAAAACAAAUAACGUAAUACCAACUACCUUCAUUACCAAUUCAUAUCAUAAUAACAUCAAAACAAACAGUAUGUGCUACUACUUUUUUGCAGUUCUUUAAAAUAUUAAAAAAAGGUUUCAGUUACAUCAAUUUAGCAUGGAGAAGCAGGUUAUUCAUUGAUACUACAACAAUUCAAAUAGUGAGUAAUUUACUGUGAAGGAGAUAAUGAGUAUUUUGGUGGAAAGGUGCCAACUGAAAAAUCUAUUUAUGACUUGUUUACCGAGUAAAUGCAUUUGUAUCAGUGUAAAUAUGUGUAUUAGAGAAAGGAAUUUGGGUGUAAAGGAUGCGAUGUGCGGAGGUUUUUGUUUAAAAUGGGAAUUGGUUGGUGGGUCAUGGGUCGGGUCGAAGGAAAAUAUCUAGUGGGGCGGGUUUUUAUUUUCGACCAAUAAGUAGGCCCCAUGUAAUCGAUAUUAAUAAAAAGGAGUGAGUUGUUAAUUUAAUGGUAUAAGUGAGUCAAAAUAGGUGGAUAAAGGAUAUUUAUAGCUCGAUAGAUAGAUGAAGAGUAAUUUUAAAUCUUUUAGGAUAGUUUAGGAGCAUUUUUGAACCUUUUUUGUAUAUACAAUGAUUAAUUAAGACCCGUAUAUAAAUAUACUUUCUUUCUUUUAAUUUGUUUUCUCUUGUCUGUAGACUACACGUUGACUUGUGUAAUUCCCUUUAACAAUGGCGUUUAGCAUAAACACAGCUCAGGAAAGUUGUUUAAUUCUGGCACCGGAUUCAGACAUUGAUUCAGAUCUAAACUGGUUUAUGACUCAUUAUGAAGAAUUUGUUCCCAAUGAAAUGGGAAACCACCACGAAUUUUUCUCAGAUAAUCAAAUACCACUAUCUGACUUGGAAGAGAUUGAAUCACUGCGAAAUGAAAUGGAUAACAGUGAACACAAUAAUGUUCAUUCAGUAGAGCUGGAAGAUGAUGCAAUAGUGGAAGAUAACUUCAUUGAUUUCAAUAGUUUAGAAGAAAAUGAACAUAUGGAUCAUGGCACCAAACAUAAUCUUCCUGUAGAGAAUGGACAUGAAGAAAGAGUGAAUAUGAAUGGUUCGGAAGAAAUUGAACAUAUGGAAUAUGGAAGGUGCAAUCUUCGUCCAGAGAAUGAAGACAGAGGAGAAACUACCGCAGAUGAAGUGGACAAACAAAUGCAUGUCAAUGAAACUACGACAGUGGACCACAACUGUUCACAGGGAGUCAUAGAAAGAAGGUGUGGAAUUACUCUUAAGGAUUUACAACAACAAUUUGGAAAGAAGGUUGCGGAUGCUGCAGAAAGUUUAGGGGUGAGUCGAAGUACAUUUAAGCGAGUAUGUAGAGCUAAUGGCAUAGCCAGGUGGUCACGUAAACAACUAGUGCAGCAACCCGCAAGUGCAAGUGCAAGUCAAAGUAUGGCUACAAUAUUUGAGAGUGACAACAGCAUGAGCAUAAAAGCAUCUUCCAAUGGUGUCAAUGUUAGAUUCCCGCUCAGUCUUUCGUCGGGAAAAAGUGAUUUGGAAGUCGAAGUUGAGAAGAGAUUUGGGGUACGAACUGGAAGUUUUAGGAUCAGCUAUGAAGAUGACGAGAAAGAAUGGAUUCGAAUAACUUGUGAUGAAGAUUUACAUCAUGGAAUGCACACUUGUAUGGGAAGGGGGGUAAGUACAAUGAAAAUGCUGGUUAAUUGUGAUCACCUUGGCAGAUUAUGUGAGCCUUCUGUUUGCCCCCAGUAGAGUUUUUUCCUGGGCUUCUGUAAUUUGUCAAUUUUGUUUUAGGAACUGAUAAUUUCCUCCUAAGGUAGCACCGCUUUUAUGGUUAUUGCAAUUAAUUAAUUGGAUAUGUAUCUCUUGUAUCCCUUUAAUUGUAUCCCUAAGGGCUUAUCCUUGUUCCAAUUAAAGUUCUCUUACUGUAUUUGUUUGGAGACACAAAAAAAAAGUUAUAAAGAAAUAAAGAAAAGUUGUACAUAUAAUGAUCAUAUCUAUUUUUGCAUAUAUAGAUAUAGUCCUUCCGUUGUACCAGGGAAUAACCGUGGUUCCUUCACAAUUGAGGGCUUUCUGAUUCUGCUAGAAUAGAAGUCUUUGCGUAAUAGACCGACCGACGGUUGUAUGUUUAUAUUCUCGUAGAGUGUUGGAUUUGGGACAUAACAUCAUGGGAGAAAUUCAAA